CACUGACCAUUAGGAACAUCAGAACGAAUCACUCCGGAGUUUAUAAAGUGGAAAUGAAGAGCCCGAGCGGCUCCUCGAACAGGAGGUUCAAUGUGACUGUAAUAGGUGUGUUUGAUCCGGACGCAGAGAAAAUAAAGCCUGUAUCAGCAAAGGAGGGAGAAUCCAUCACUCUAAACACUAACUUUAAAGUACAGAAAGACUAUCUGAUCGUGUGGAAUUUUGGACGGGCCGCCAAAGACUGCGUAGAUAAUCCGCUUCAUCACGUCCCGUGUCAAAGGGAUGUGACCGCCAUCGCUAAAAUCGAUGGAGAAACCGGUGAGGUCGCAUUAGAUCCCGGUGACGGCGAGAUGUUUAGCAACAGACUGAAAAUGGACAAAGUGACCGGAUCGCUGACCAUCACAGACAUCAGACCCAAACACGCGGGGUUUUAUAUGCUACAGAUCAGUAAUAACACCGGGACCAAAUACAGGAGAUUCAACGUCACCGUUAGUGAAAUUACGGAAUCCCACUCACAUGUAGCUUGGAUGCCAAUCGCUAUAGUGCUUUUGUUGAUAUUGACGGUUUGGUGUUCGGCUGUGGGCUUUAAAAACUGGCGCAACAGGAACUUUUUGUUGUGGAAACUGAGGUCGUAUAGCUGCUGUCAGUCUACAGGGGCGCAGGAACCGGAAUUAAUACCAAAAUCGGUGAUAGAGGGAGAACCUGUGACUCUCGACACGGAUCGAACUCUACUGCAGAGAGAUGAUGUGACCGAGUGGAAGUUUGGAGGCAAAGUCAUCGCGAAAAUCAGCAGAGCAGCCGGUAAGAUCUGUCAGAAGACUUAUGAUGGUGCGGAUGAGAAGUUCAGAAACAGACUGGAGCUGGACUGUAAGACUGGAUCUCUGACUAUCACAAACACCAGAACCACAGACUCUGGAGAUUAUCAACUACAGAUCGCCACCAGUGGAAGAGUGGAAAUAUACCGAAAAUUCAACGUUUCUGUCAGAGAUUCCAGUCGGAAUAUGCCUAACGAGUCAGCUGAGUCUCCUUUGAUGAGUAAAGAGGGAUGCAGCAGCUCCAAUAUAGAGUUGGUAUAAUGCUAUUAACACUGAUGAGAAAUGUGUCAUAUAUGGUGUUAUUUGCCUAUACAAUGUUUCACACUUAUUAUGAAUGACCAAGAACUUGGUAACUGUACUGUAUACAUUUUAUGUGCAUCACAACAGUGUUUUUUUCUGGCUGAUGUGCUUAUUCCUGAAAAUAUUCACUAUAUAAAGUGCAGCUAAUGUAUGUGAAUGUUGUUUUUGUACAUAUCCUUGAGCCUGUGAUGUGUUCACAGACAUGCCUCUGCUCAAAUAAUGUUUUAUUUAUGUCUAGCACUGUCAUUUUUAAAAUGAUAUACCUUUUUCUGUGAGCGUGUAAAUGCCUCAAUUGUAUCUAGAAUGCACUUUGUAUGACCAAAUAAUAAUAGAAGACACUACAGCUUUCGCAUUGCUAUUACGAAACACUGGGGAUACAGCAUUGAUGCUUUAUUUUCGGAACAUUUGCUGAUACAUUUUUCGACAGCACUUAACCAACUGAUACUAGCACUUUUCCUUUUCUUGUCUUUUCAUUUAAAUAAUAAUAAAAUAAAAAAAAC